GAAUCAAAUUUAAAGAUGUACAGAACAUCAGGACUAACACACACUCUCAGUGGACACAAACCUCCCAAAGCCACUCAGAAACUAUCAUCAACUAACAGCAAUGUCGGAAUACAAGAGCUCAAAAGUCGAGAGAGAACAACACAUCAGAAACCAGUGGUGAUUGUUCCCAAGAUAGACCACACAGUCCACAAGCAGUUGAAGUCCUCCACAGGACCUGUGAGGACUCGUAGCAAGCGAACCAGACAGUCCCCCUACACAACCAGACACUCAGAGGUGACGAGGAUGCGGAAAGUGAGCAGCUGUUCUGAGGGGGAGGACCCUGUCGUUAUCGAUUGAUGAUGUCAUCUGAUGUCACAGAACUGAAUAAUAAUUCACUCUAGGCAACUAAUAAAUUGUCUGUAUGUUUCAUACAGUUGUUCAAUUCUAA